AUGCCUGCCAGGAAAACCCCCACCAAAACCCAGUCCAGUGGGGAUGAAGGUGGGGGUGAGGGUGGGGAUGGGAGUUGCCCGGGUGACCCGGAUGGGGAUGGGGAUGGGGAUGGAGAUGAAGGUGGGGAUGGGGAUGGGAAUGGAGGUGGGGAUGGGGAUGGGGAUGGAGAUGGAGGUGGGGAUGGGGAUGGGGAUGGGAGUGGGGAUGGCGGUGGGGACAUUAGAAGAAAAGAGAGCCCGGGUGGUGGCGGCGGGGCCAGCCGAAGAUUAGAUAAUCCUGGUGGCGGUGGGGACAAAGAGAAACGGAAAAGAGAGCGGCGUCGUGGUGAGGUUGGGGGUGACGGUGGGGAGUUAACAGCAGCAUGA